GUGCUCGAUCGAAAUUUGUUAUGCGAGAUGUCGACGGGCGUGAUUCAAUCGGCACAGCGUGACAGAGAUCGUUUACGCGAAACGUUAUCCUCGAUGGCGCGCGCAUGAGUGUGUGUGCGAAAACGAGUUGCUAAUCCGGCACUCGUGGCCGCAAAAUACCAGCAUGAAACAAAUAGCCGGAUCGUCUUCACUCUCACUAUUUUGCCUUCGAGUAUGCCUCCUGGUCUAUGUCAUGCUUGCCGUCAUUUCUACAUUUGCUCUGGCGGAAGUUAACAAAUAUGAGCGGAGCAAAGCAACGUACACGACGAAAAAAUCCGACUCGAUUAAAAACUCGGAGAAAUCAGCCAUUUCUUCGCGUCAACAUGAACAUAAUAAGGUUGACGGCGGCAGAAAUUAUUCCGCGAAUGAAUCUGUGAUGAUCAGCGGCGAGAAAAAUAGCGCGGCUCUAAAUAGAUUUCUGGAAGAUGUUCUAAAUGCGCAGAACGAUUUGAAGUGGAUAGAUCACGCCACGCGUCAUAUUAAUCGAACUCGCCCAGAUUAUCCGCUGGCGCAUACAAACCAGCACUCUCCGGUAUCCGUCAACACGGGGGAUGUCCUAGAACGGGCUGAUAUCGGCUAUGGAAGUAGGUUACGCGGCAAGAGGGGCUUCGAUCGGAAUUAUGAAACGAUGUGGAUGCUGCAGAAGAAGAAAUACGGACGGGAGAGUACUCACGAUGUUCCUCAGAGAGUCUAUCUGGAUAACGACGUGACAUUUAAGAGAGACGCUGAUAACGUCUUUUAUCAAUCUCGUGGCACGUUAGAUAGAGCUGUCUACGAAGAAGGAACGAUGGCCGAUCAGCCACUGAAAGAUUGGAUUGGAAAGAAGAAUCUCCAUUCCUCGGGUGACUGGUCGAAUUCUAAUGAGAAUCUCAAAGUGACUAACGGCGAGAAUACAUGGCUUCAUGAUUACGAAUCUGCUCGUGAAAAUCUCAAUUCUGACUCGAGCAAAGACGAAAAGUUACACGCCGAUCACUUAGAAGUCGUAUCGUUGUACGAUCCAAUACAUGUAAAUGAUUUCACCGCUUUGCGGGGCUCUUCAAUUCCAAUUAAAAAUGACAAAACACGAAAUGUACCGCUAUCACUGGAGUCUUUAAAGAAAACUGUGUUAAAACUAAGAAAUAGUUUAAUGUUGAGUUAUAAGAGGAGAGAUAUAAUACCGAGAGAAUCUAACUGGGAUGAGCCAAGAUCCACAGUUGAAAUAUAUGGUUUUGGAGAAGAUCUUGAUGAUCAAUUUAAUAAAAAAUUUGAUAAAGAAACAAUGCAAAGACUAAAGAGAGCCAAAAAUGAAGAUAACGAAGAUGAAAAUAAUUCAAAAAUAUUUCAAGGAGUGGAAGUUGGAGAAUCAUAUUUUGGGAAGCACAAUUCGCAAGAAUCACAUAAUCGUAGUAAACGCAGUAGGAGUUUUGUCACAGAUUCAAAUUACACAAAUCAGAGAGAUAUUCCUGAAAAUAACAGCUAUCGGAAAACUCAAAUGAUUAAAGACGUUCUCAAAAAUGUAACUUCGACACAAAAUACUGAAGAAGUCGUCACAAAAUUGUAUUCUAGUUAUCUCAGUGAUGACGGAAAAAAAUCUGCGAACGCUUCAAACAAAAUGAACAUUUCCGAUUUACAGUAUUCUUUAGAAAAAGGAUUUUUUUCAAAUAAUCAUAUCAAUAAUUUAACGAUUAUCCCAUCAAUAGCUAACAAAAUUAAUAUUCCUGAGAGGAAAUUAAAAUAUUCUUCACAUACAGAGCUAUAUUUAAAUGAUCACUUUAUCGACAACAAAUCAUCAUUUGACAUAAAAAUGGACUUUCAAACGCAUUCACCAGAACGUAUUACCAAAAAUGAAGUUCCUAAAACAAGCACGAAGGAAAUUAGCCAACGUUUCACAAGUGAGGCGAUAUUAAAAACUAUUGAUCAUAUAGCGGAGAAUCGUACUAACUCGUCCGAUUUCAAAAAGAACGCAUUCACCGAUUCGAUAGAUCUUUCAUUAAACGAUGGUGCCGAUGACUCUGGGAAAUCUCUGAAAAAUCGAAGUGACGAAGAGAAAUUAGGAGUCGCGACGCAGAAAAUAUCGCGACUCAGCACGGAUGACGGACAAUCGAAGGGCGCGGAAAAGGAGUUUCCCCGGGGAAAUACGUCGCAUGGGCUCGGCAUCGGGACAAAUGAAUCACGGAGCUGUGUCGUCGAAACAAUCGUAGCCGUGAGAGAAAGGGAGACCGUGGCGGACGGAACGCGAAAGCAAAACCGCGAGCCGAUACCCGGUGUGAUCAAAAUCUUUGAGCCUCGGGGGCGUUCGUAUCAAAAGCGGGAGGCAGAGUCGAUGGCGAGAUUGUCCCGGCGGAUGGGAAGGGACGAGACGUCCGCGGCGAAGAUGAAGACGAACGAAGAUGAAGUCGACGAGUCAAGAGAUACAAAUGUAGGGGAUGACUCUUCGACUUCACCGAUUGAUUCUGUCACCGAUGCGACAACGAAACCGGAAGCCGCAUAUAUAAACACGUCUGAGAUUGGCAAAUCGAUAAUACCGAAGGAUCUCACUUUGACGACUGUAGACAACGAUUUGCAAAAGCAGCAACAGAUGGUUUCGCCUUUAAGUGAAGCGGAGAAUAGGAACGCAAAUAAAUCGAAUGGAAAUUUGAAUAGAAUCAAUAUUCGUGUUUUCGGGUCAAACGGAAAUGAGACUAUGAAUGUAAAGGAAGAUGCUCGAAGUAUAAUGAAAGCUCACGAGUAUCAUAAAUUCGAUAAUAAUUUACAGAGAAAAUUAUUAUGGAUUUCCACGAUUUCAGUCGAUGCCGAAAGUGGAGAUUCAUCAAUAAAGGGCACGGGAUCAGUUUUUAAUAUCGCGACUGAGAGUUAUAUUGAAAAUGUCACGAGUGAGAAUCGACAGCCGAGUAAAACGACCGAUUCUGCAAACUUGGGAAAUAUAUUGACUAGAAUCAAACGCGAAGAUAAAGCUGAAGAAAAUCGUAUGUUACAGGAUGCUUUAAAUUCUCAGAUCUUCGAAACAAAUCACGCACGUUACAAACGGUCUGUAUAUCCUUAUGAAAAUCUUGAAUCCAAUAAUGAAGCAGAGAAUACGGCAGUCGAGAAAGAAGCGGCGCUAAAUUACGAUGAAAAACAAGAAAGCAAUGAAGAAUAUUUAAAUCAGAAUGUCGAAGAACCUAAAGAUCUCUACAAUGACAUAGAAGAAAAUAUAUUCGAAGAUAAUGAUAAAGCAGUGGAAAGCAAGAGAGAGGGACAAUCUUUAUUUAGCAAGCAAAUCGAUCCUGUAAGAGCUAAAGUUGACAUGAUGAUUAAGCAAAAGCUUGGCAAGAAACGCAAAGGUAGUAGUACUUAUAGGACAAAGAGACAUAAUACGUUGGAUGUGGUCGAAUAUUACGAUUAUGACGAAGAGCAAGAGCGCGAUGCUCCAAUAAACGAGCAGGAGGUUCAAAAUAAAGACAAUGAACUUUUGAUUAAUGCGAAGAUAAAGCGCGAUGAUAAACCGCCAGGCUUAGGGAAGAAGAAAAACGAAAACGCCGAGGCGAUAAUGAAAGAAAAACGCAGAAAGGCACAAGCAAAGAAUAAAGAGCCAAAAGAAGAGAUUAUCGUCGAUCUUGGUGAAAGAUCUAAGAAUAAGACUGCGAAAAAUAAUAAAAAGUCGCUCAGUUCAUUAGGAUCUAGUUUCGAAAAUGUGUCCAACGAGAAAAGACAAUUAUUGACUAAGGAAAACUCGGAGGAGAUUCACCAAAGCAAAGAUUUUGCGAAUAAUGUUCAUCAUGAAAAAUUAGCUGCUGCAAAAUUGAAAUGGUUGGACCAACCAUUUGAGGACAGAACGGCAUCAUCGAAGAAUUCAGAGUCAUUAUUAGAAGAUAGCUGUAAAAAGAAAUCUAGUUCGAAUGAACCUUUGGAACAUAUAUCUUAUGCAAAUGUAAAUCCCGAUGUUAUCGAAAACAUCUUGUUGAAUAUUCAACCUAUAGAGGAAAUUAUGGAGGAAAGCAGAGAAUUGGGGGCUUCAAACGGUUUCUACGAAGAUCCUGAAGACGAUCGAUCAGAAGAUCAUUAUUAUUAUCAAGAUAACGAUUCAAACAAUGUCGAGUCUCUGUAUGAGGAAUUGAAGAGUGUGUACGAUUGGCCUGAUGGUGAAUUAAAGAGUAGACCCCGGCUCAGAGGCGAUCAAAGACUACGCUAUGAAUCAGAUGAUACGCUUGAUACAAAUCCCUUUCAAUUACAACCAUUGAACGAUAGAUUCCUCAGCUCGGGUCAAAACGACAACGCACAAAGGAGAUUCCAGUCGAUUGAUGCAUCUCGGAUGAGUGGCUUCGAGCAAAGUUCGACGAAGGAAAAUUCACCGAGUAUAUUUUCCGUGAGAACAACCGCCAAGCCGAAAGUAUCUAUGAUUUCAGAAGAUAAAAAUAUCCCCUUUACCGAACGCCGGUCAAUAAUCGAUACGGAUUCCGGUUCUCCUUACGAAAAUACCAAGUACGUCGAGUCCAAGACAGAUGAAUUAUUGAAGCGAAAUCUAAAUCUGGAGAAACAGGCGGCGAUUAGUCCGCAAGACUUGCGCGAGUCUUUCGUGGAAUCUCUCGAUUGGCAUGAUGAUGUUGAUGACGACGUGAAAGUCAGAUUGGGCAGAGGAUUAAAAGCUAUAAACGAUACAGAAAUUUCUGGCUUAAAUAAAACUUACAAAUCUUAUUAUCAAGAUAAAUUAAACGUAAACAAUGCAACUACCUCGCAAACUUUUCGUGAUAAUUCAUCGACGUUACAAAAUUGGUACAAUAAUACAAUCGCGGAUUUAUUAAAUAUUUUUAAUCAUCAUGGUGUAUCUGAUCGAACCGCUAAGAAUGUUCAAGAAUCGAUUUUAAUGAAUACGGAUAAUAUGGAUGGUGAUGAGGAUCUCGAAGCUGCCGAACAAAAAUAUGUAAAUAAUAAAACACCGAGAAUCAGAAGAGCGGCUGUUUCGUACCGCACGUUUUACAAUGAUGACGUGAGUCAGAAUCAGCGCGAUUUCGAUGAAAUGAGCAGACGUCUGGGUAACCAGUUUCAUUCUCCGAAUAUCCUCCAAAAUCAGUUCAAUGGAGUGUAUGACGGACAUGAGAUUGGAAAUUGGAACAAUGACGUACAGGGCCUUGAUCGAUACUCGAAAAUCCGACGGACCAAUACGAGAAAGAAAGAGAAACCCGGAAAGAGAAGUAAGAAGAUUAAGCACUCCUUGGGAAAGCACGCGAAGAAAAACAGUUUGCACUCUUCUUCAAAUAGAAACAGAAGACAUCACGCGCAUCAGUCUGACGUGUCGCGGAACGUUAACCGGAAUGAUUUAAAGCCGAAGCAGAAGAAUAAAGCUGAGGCGUCUCCUUUGAUUGGACGCACCAGAAUUCAGAAGGGUAAAACGGCCGAGCAAGAGCUGCUUCGCGCAGGGAUAAACGAAGUACCGGGCGAAAAGGUGCUUUACGAGAAUGCGGAGGAUCAGAGUACAGUGAAGCCGGAGGAGGAUGAUGCACGGAGAAAGGAAAUUACGCUGCUCCUCGCAGCCGACAACGUCGACGACGAGUCGCAGAUGGACGUGGCUCUUCACGGCGAACUAGCUGGAAAAAUCGUCGAGCAAAUAUUCGAACAGGUCCAAAAAAAUGAUCAAUUGAAGAGUGUCUUUGGUCCUGGACUUCAUCGCGAUCAUAAAAUGGAAGAUAAGAUAACGGGUAACAUUUAUCGACAAGGACUCGACGAAAACGGAAAAAAUCACACGGAAAUGAUGAUAAAAAAAGUUAUGGGGCUCCUUGGUACGUUAAUUCUGAACGAAGUGCAAAAGAAAACUUGCAUUACUUUAUCGCCGGAUAUGCGAGAAUUUUUAGGAUGGAUGUUGGAGAUGGAUCGAGAGAAGAAAUUGUCGGAAGAAGCACCAUUGUUGCCAUUGGUACGUGAGAAAAUUAUUCCGGAGCAAGACACGGCACGCAAAUUCUUGUUUGACAGUACUUUCAAGCGAGAGAUAGAAGAAAAUAUUAAUGAGUUACAGAAAAAAGUGAGAGUAUUGGAAACUCUUGUAAAAGAAUAUAACGCUCUGACCGCAAAAGAGAAAACGAAGGUCCAAGCAGUCCACGAUUAUUUGAUUCAGCAGUUAAAUCUACUUUUGCAAUACAUCGAAGCGCGAGAAAAUGCGGAAACAAAAGGAAAGCCUACAUCGGUGUUCGUCGGCGCAGCCAGAGCUGGAACCGGAAAUAUCUUACAGUAUCAAAGCGCAGUGCCUAAUGCCACUAAUGCGAGCCAUUCGAUGACAAAAGAUGCAUUCUCUUUGCCAAUCGAUACGCAUAAUCUUUUCCGGUUCAACAACUCAUUUGAAAUGACAGAUAAACAGCUCCAUCAUAGUCACAGAAAAACGCGCAGCCUCGAUAAAAUCCCAUCGGAACGACGUCGCAAAACGUCGAAACGUCAGAAGCUUCGCAAUCAGAAAAAGAAGGAAAAUCAUAGACAGUCAAAACGAAGACGCAAUAAGCAUCGCAAGUACUUGUUAGAGCGCGUAGAAUCAUCGCCGGGAUAUAGAAAGUCGCGACAAAAACGCGCAAAUCCUGAAAACGAUCGAGCUUCACUUUAUUAUUUAGGUUACGAGAAGCCAAGAAUUUACGAGUCGUUCAAUCUUCUCGAUGCGAAGUUGACAGGAAAGAAGAAGAAGAAGAGGAAACGGGAGUUAAUCGAUAAGAAAAACGCAGCGACCGAGAAUGACAGGGUGCUCGAUUUCUUACCAAUAAAAGGGAAGAAUCGCAUGGAGGACGAAGUGAUACUGCUCAACAAGCGGGAAGCCUGGAAGAGGGAGAACGAGGAACAGCUGGAGGAGGUUGCCUUUGGCAAGGACAUGCGGAACAGCACGAGGAGGGAGAGGGAACGAUUCGAGAAAUUGACGGAAGGAGAUAAACGCAGACCGUUCAAUGAGACGAGCUUCAGAACGAAGCGGGAGGACAUAAUUCGCGGGACAUCAACCGGGGAGAGUUAUACAGAUCGUUUCAAUAAAUCUCACGCGGCACUCGAAAUGCGUGACGGUGAAUCGCGGAAUAAUUCGGAAAUGCGGAGUAAUGACAACGGCGCAAAGAGUGAGAAUAAACUGGAAUUGGCCGAGCGGGAAAUCAAUGUUUUCGCGGACAACAGCCGGUCGACCGAUGCAGCAAUUGAUUCCGUGGCCGCGGAAGUAAGCGCGGAAGAAAAGUUAGCGACAAAUGCGGUAGCCAAUAAUCAGGUUAAGGGAAAACUUCGCGCUGUAAAUCGUGAGACAAAAAUUGAUAAGGCGAACGGAAGUACGAGCUUUGUAAACUUGACGAGGGACGCGGAGCCUCGGGUCUCGGAGGAGCGGCAGAAAGUUUCGGUAACGGAAAAAGAAGCGGAUGAUAACGCUGUAAAAUUAAAUCGAGCGACAAACUAUCGACGCGAGGAAAUAGAUCCUGAAAUCGAGCUGGAAAAUCUGAGACAGGGAAGAGAGAGAAGAAUUUAUGACGUCGCAAACUGGAAGAUCAGCGACUACGAUUACGAUGAUGAUAAUCUUUCUAGAAAUAAAUUAAGGGAAAAAUAUGUGACUAAGUUAGACGAACUGGGUGACCUGGAUACGGAUCCCGAGAAUAAUUUGGCGCUUCUGAGAUUAAGAAAUAAUAAAUGGUCGGAUGACGUCGUCGAAUGGAAGCUGCUGCCGAUAAUAAAACGAUCGCCGUAUUAUGAUGAUCGUGCCGUAUCAGGAAUUCGUUUAAUGGAAAAAGAAACACCUAUAUUAAGCAACGUGCAGUCUCAAUCCAACGCUUAUUUAAACAGUCCAAAAUUUUGGCGGCUACAACGCGGAAGAGACAGAGACAGUGUCUUUAAUAUCUUGCCUGUACCGAAAAUAACCGACAAUGAUAAUUUCCCGCGCAGAAUUCAUCGGAAAGCGAGACGAGCGUCUGAGAGAGCGACGUUCAAGGAAGAUCCCAAAAUUAUUCUUAAAGAUCAAAGGCUACCUCGAUCAUGGAGCAACAAAAGAUCGAACGGCAUUGCGGAAUUUGGGAUGCCUUUCGUAUUGAAGGAUCCUAACCGCGAUUUCCGCGAAAUGCUUCGAUCUCGCAAUCAUCCAGAGCUCGGCGACCGAGUAAUCAACGAUGCAGUUGGUCUGCAAUUGCCGAUUCAGUAUUGGCCGUAUCAGUAUUACGACGAUUUUGCGGACUCAUCGACCUUUCACUUCGCUCCGGGUGUUCACGGGAGAGGCAACGACGUGUACCGAUAUCCCGCUGAAACGUAUCUGGAGUAUGGCCCCUUUAGAAAACGCCGCGCUCACGACGCGAGCCGCCGAUUCGCGAGGCGAAAUAGAUUCCGCUUGAGAACCUCGGAGGGGGAAGAUGCCGUCGAUUUUCCGAGGGAUAAUUUAGCAAACAAGAGCUCGGAGUCCAGAUUUGCACAGGGAAAGUUUCGCGCCGAGACGAACGAGCCGGCUCUCGCGAGUGGCGAAGAUUGUUUUACGUCCGGUGAGACAAAAGACACGGAAAAGAAUGCGAGGAAAACUAAUGAAACGAAAACAAAAUCGACAGAAUACACGAGAUCCUUGAUCAAUGGACAAUGAAGGAAUUUAGUUUAGCUCGGUAGAUAAUAAUAAUUAUUUUUAUAUCUAUAAUGGUGAUGUAAUAUAUGAUACGAUAUGGAAAAUAGAGAUCAAGAAACUUGAGAAAUAUCGUGAAUUAAUGUAACAGGCGAAGAAAGGACGUCGCGUUUUGUAUUGUACCGCGUUGCAUUUUCAGGUCAAAUCGCGACGCGAUAAUUGUCAACGGGCGUCUAAAUAAUUUCAUCGGAUAAAUCGGAUAAAUCAUCGACGCGCGAUUAUCGUAAUUGACACAUUCGCCCUAUCUAUGCGCCAGACAAGCCUGUGAAACCUCGUAAAUCGUCCUAGCUCGUCGGGAUGAGCCCAGCGUCGUCGCGUGUUUGCACACACGUACCACUGUCCACGCUAAUCCAUCUGCGCGAGCACCAUCGCUGCAGUGCAGUUAAUGGCGUUGCCUUCCAAUAAUUAGAUUAGCAGAUCGUGUCAAAAGUUAAGAGACUUCGACAUGUGGACGUCGCAUCUUAAUCCAGUAUUAAAUUACAGCCGUUCGAUAUCGUACACGUGAUGUAAAAUUGUCGGACAGUUUUUAAAAUAAGAAUGUUAAAAAGGAAAAGCAAGCAUUUAUCUUGUCUUCUGCUUGACAGUAUUGUUCUUCAUUUCUACCUGGCUAGAUUAUGUAACAUUUAAUUUAUUCGCGUGUAGAAUACUUAUUGUUAAAAUACAAAAUCAACGGACCUCGCAAUAAAGCAAGACAACAUCAUUAUUUUGCUUAGUUCUUAAUGGGACAUGUAUUCAUAACGCAAUUCCCAGUGUCCAAAGAAAUGAAAAAAAAAAGACAGGAAUAGUGUACGCCAGGUGUAUAUGUUGUCUCAAAGAUUUUCAUAAAACGCAAAACGUUUCAUAUGUAUCCGCGCGAUAAAAGCCAAAUCUUUCAAACCCGCGGCCGCCACGCCGACUCAAUCUCGCCGACUUACUCUCCCAUCUAACCGGAAAAAGAGUGUAUGCAGCGUAUUCCCUUCUGCCCCGACCCGGCUCGGCUCGGCUCAAAAUAUCUCGAAAGUUUCCUCGUAAAGUAAGGCCACGCGGCGGAAUUCCCUCCGGCCAAUUAAAGUCUCGAAAUCGGACGUGCUCGCUUAUGCAGGCAAAACAGGCAGGGCAGGGAUGAGAGAAAAAGAGAACGGGCAACAGACCGAGAAAGGAAAGAGAGAGAGAGAGAGAGAGAGAGAG